CUUAUAUAACAGGUCAGACAAUCUGCGUUGACGGAGGUGCUAUAGUCAACGGUUUCUCCUUCAGGCCUCUGCCUUAAAUCACAUUUAUAAGUUAUAGAUAAAGAUGGAUAACAGCAGAUGGAGUCUUCAAGGUAUGACUGCUCUUGUGACUGGUGGAGCGGGAGGAAUCGGGCAUGCGAUAGUAGAGGAGCUAGCCGGUUUUGGGGCCAAAGUCCAUGUAUGCGACAUAUCUGAAACACUGCUCAACCAAAGUUUAAGAGAAUGGGAAAAGAAAGGGUUUCAAGUGAGUGGUUCAAUCUGUAAUGUAUCCUCUCGUUCCGAGAGGGAAACACUCAUGCAAACCGUCUCCUCGCUGUUUGAUGGCAAGCUUAACAUUCUUGUGAACAACGCUGGCGUAAUUCGCACAAAGCCAACAACGGAAUAUCUGGAAGAUGAUUUCUCCUUCCAGGUGUCAACAAAUGUAGAAUCUGCUUAUCAUCUUAGCCAGCUUUCACAUCCUCUCUUAAAGGCUUCAGGCUCUGGAAACAUCGUCUUCAUUUCGUCUAUUGCAGGGGUUGUAUCAAUUGACUGUGGAUCCAUAUAUGGUUUAACCAAAGGAGCUUUGAAUCAGCUAGCAAGAAACUUGGCAUGUGAAUGGGCAACAGAUGGCAUAAGAGCCAACGCUGUUGCUCCUAAUUUUAUCACCACUGCUCUGGCUCAAGCUUAUCUUGAUGACGCCGGUUUCAAGGAGGCGUUGUUCGGUAGAACUCCACUUGGUCGCGCUGGAGAGCCAAGAGAGGUUGCAUCACUUGUGGCUUUUCUAUGUCUACCUGCUGCUUCAUAUAUUACUGGUCAGACCAUUUGUGUUGAUGGAGGUCUCACUGUUAAUGGCUUCUCCUAUCAGCAACACGCUUGAGAAAUGACCUUGUCACGUUUUCCCCUUUUGUCCUAAACGCUCAAUGUUCUCUCUUCAAUAAAAACUCUCACGCUAUGAUUUUGGUUUAUGCACGAACUAGUUCACAAUUA